UAAACCCGCAGUUCGUGGGUUUAGGACGUGUUUAAACCCGCAGUUCGUGGGUUUAGGACGUGUUUAAACCCGCAGUUCGUGGGUUUAGGACGUGUUUAAACCCGCAGUUCGUGGGUUUAGGACGUGUUUUCUCGCGGCUGACGGGACCGUUGACGCGGCAUGGACGACAGCAAGCCCAGCAGCCCCGGAGAUUACUACAGCUCAGUGGAGAGCGACCUGAAAGUGGAGCUCACCGAGAAGCUUUUUGCUCUCGACACGGAGGGAGACAGCGCUGCCAGCACCGAGAAUCAUGAAGGAAGCCCCAAAACACACUGCUGUGAUGAUUGUGAGCAAGUCUUCGCCAAUUCAUCAAACCUGAAGAAGCAUAAGAAAACUCACACUGUUGAUAAACCGUACAGAUGUGAUCAGUGUGGUGCGGCUUUGGCCCAAAAAGGUCAACUAAAGCAACACCAACGUAUUCACACUGGAGAAAAGCCUUACAGAUGUGAUCAGUGUGAAGCGGCUUUUGCCGCAUCAAGUAAUUUAAAGAUUCAUAAACGUAUUCACACUGGAGAAAAGCCUUACGGAUGUGAUCAGUGUGGAGCGGCUUUUGUCCAACAAGGUAAACUAAAGCAACACCAGCGUAUUCACACUGGAGAAAAGCCUUACAGAUGUGAUCUGUGCGGGGCGUCUUUUGCUCAGCAAAGUGCUUUAAGGAGUCACCAACGUAUUCACACUGGAGAAAAGCCUUUCAGCUGUGAUCAGUGUGGAGCGGCUUUUGCCCGUCAAAGUCACCUAAGGAGUCACCAACGUACUCACACUGGAGAAAAGCCUUACAGAUGUGAUCAGUGUGGAGCUUCUUUUAGCGACUCAAGUGGUCUCAGAGUCCACCAACGUAUUCACACUGGAGACAAGCCUUACAGAUGUGAUCAGUGUGUAGCGGCUUUUGCCAGUAAAGCUGCUUUAAGGAUUCACCAAUGUAUUCACACUGGAGAAAAGCCUUACAGAUGUGAUCAGUGUGUAGCGGCUUUUACCCAAAAAGGUGCUUUAAGGAGUCACCAACGUAUUCACACUGGAGAAAAGCCUUACUUAUGUGAUCAGUGUGGAGCGGCUUUUGCCCAUCAAGGUGCUUUAAAGAGUCACCGACGUAUUCACACUGGAGAAAAGCCUUACAAAUGUGAUCAGUGUGGAGCGGCUUUUCCCUAUCAAAGUUCUCUAAGGUAUCACCAACAUAUUCACACUGGAGAAAAGCCCUACGGAUGUGAUCAGUGUGGAGCGGCUUUCAGCCAAUCAAGUCAUCUAAAGAGACACCAACGUAUUCACAUUGGAGAAAAGCCUUACAGAUGUGAUCAGUGUGGAGCAGGUUUUGCCACAUCAAGUAAUCUAAGGAGUCACCAACGUAUGCCGGAGGGGAAGGUGAAGAAUCCCGGGAAACGCAGCAGGAAACCGGUCAAGAUCGACCUGCGGGAGGAGCUGGACAUGAAUCAUGAAGGAAGACCCAAAAGACACUGCUGUGAUGAUUGCGAGCAAGUCUUCACCACUUCAUCAAACCUGAAGAAGCAUAAGAAAACUCACACUGGUGGUAAACCGUACAGCUGUGAUCAGUGUGGAGCGGCUUUUGCCCGACAAGGUCACCUAAAGCAACACCAGCUCAUUCACACUGGAGACAAGCCUUACAGAUGUGAUCAGUGUGGAGCAGCUUUUGCCCAAAAAGGUAACCUAAAGCAACACCAACGUAUUCACACUGGAGAAAAGCCUUACAGAUGUGAUCAGUGUGGAGCAGCUUUUGCCCAAAAAGGUAACCUAAAGCAACACCAGCGUAUUCACACUGGAGAAAAGCCUUACAGAUGUGAUCAGUGUGGAGUGGCUUUUGCCGAGCAAGGUGCUUUAAGGAGGCACCAACGUAUUCACACUGGAGAAAAGCCUUACAGAUGUGAUCAGUGUGGAGUGGCUUUUGCCCAGCAAAGUGAUCUUACAAAACACCAACCUAUUCACACUGGAGAAAAGCGUUACAGAUGUGAUCAGUGUAGAGCAGCUUUUGCCCGGCAAGAUCAAUUGGCGACUCACCAACGUAUUCACACUGGAGAAAAGCCUUACAGAUGUGUUCAGUGUGGAGCGACUUUUGCCCAGCAAAGUGCUAUAAGGAUUCACCAACGUAUUCACACUGGAGAAAAGCCUUACAGAUGUGAUCAGUGCGGAGCAGCUUUUAGCGACUCAAGUAAUCUAAGUAGACAUCAACAUAUUCACACUGGAUAAAAAGUGUACAUUUGUGAU